UCUCUCUCUUAGCCGUAUGGAAUUUAUUUCUAUCGACAAAACGACGCAGUGAUUAAAACUAACUCUACACACAGGCUUACACUGUCUAUCAAUAUUUCACAUUCGCAGUCUUUCUUUCUCUCUCUCUUUCACACACACACACACACAUUGAUAUUCAGACUUUCUCUCCCUCUCGCACAUGCUCUGUAUUUCUCUUUCUCUCUCUCGAACACACAUACUAUCUCUUUCUCACUCCCAUACUUUGCCACUUACUGAUUUCUCUCUCUCUCUCUCUCUCUUUCACACACAUAACACGAACUCACCACACUAUACAGACUUUUACACACAACAUAGAAACCAAAGGGAAGCAUAAUGCGGUCUGCGACGGAGUAAAAGCAACAAGAAGCAAUGAGUUCUCCCUGUGUGUGUACUUAAAAUGGCUGACUUGACGGAGAAAUGUUAAUUUUGAGAAACAGAUUUGACAGAAGCCAAGAAGCGUUUCAGAAAUAGCUAUACUCUUCCCUAACUGUGUUCCUUAUUGCUGACAAGAGUUGCUGGAUUAUUCUAAACUCUGGAAACAAGCUGACCCCUUUGUUCCUUACAAUUGUAACUGUAGGAAGAUGUCAUGUACACUGAUGACAUCUUUAUCAUCACAUCCUCCAGAGAUGAGGCCAUUAACAUACACUGGACCUUCAAUAACACCAACAUAAACAUCAAAUUCGAGAUUGAACAUCCAGACAAAUUCAAAACCCUCUCUCUACUCUACUUUCAACUCAAGAUCAUAGAGGAAGGCUCCAUAUUUACCAAAUUCUAUAGGAAAGCUGCUGAUAGAAAACUUUUCAUCCACUACCAAUCAGCCUUACUCACCAGAGCCAAAACCGCAUUCGGGAGAAACAAGAUUGCACGUAUAAAUAACAAUUGCAGCAACAUGACCAACAAAGCCAUCAACACCAAACAGUUCCUCAGAGACCUAACCCUGAAUAGCCACCCACCAUCUUUAGCUAAACAACAUCAAGGUCAAUAAACCCCAGAAGAACCAUCAUACUCCCAAGUCUGGCAUGCGCUUUCUAAUGCUACCACACCUUGAUGACAGAACUACUGCAGUGAUACAACAUGCAGUCCACAGGGAAGGACUCAACAUACAGAUAGUGCAUACCGGCCCUUCCCUGAGAGAAGCUCUGUCCAAGAACAAUACCUCUCACUACUCUGAGGAGUGCACAUUAUUGAACUGCCCCAUCAGUGACCCUAAAUUGUGCCACAGGCCCUAUGUUGUAUGUGAAAUCAUCUGUGGCAAAUGCACGACAAGAAAACUGCAUGUACACAUUAAGGAACAGAUGCAGGCAGACACUUCCGUGAAGAAACAUCUACGGAAAUGCUACACCCGGGACUUCACAGUACAAAUCAAGGAAACACAGCGGAACAGGGGCAACAUUAGAAUCUCUGAGGCAAUCCUCAUACAUCGCACGAAACCUAAGACCAACAAUAGAAAAGAGUUACAGGACGAAAUAUUUUCAUUAAUUAAUGACAAGGGAGGUAAUACAUAAGUGGAAAAAGACCAUUGAAGAUAAACCAUGAAAAUCCACUCCGCACAUGCAUAUCAGCAGCAAUCAUCAAUUUCUUGAAAAAGGGUCAUAACCCCGAAAUAUUGAAUACAAGCCAAAUAUCAAAACGAGAGUUUGGAGUUGCCAAUUUUAAGUCCUUCGAUGAUGUCACAGCGAGGCAAACGGAAGUCGAGUAGUAUUGACAACAUAACUCCAUCAACAAGUGUCUCACAAGAUCUCGACUCUGCCGACCAAAACAAUGACUACCCAAAUGAAAAGAAAAUGAAGCCGUCCUCGUCGUCAAGGGAUGACAUGGAAAGCAAAUCUCCUAGUGACAUUCGCCUAUAUAUGGAGAAUACAUUUGAUGUCCGUCGAUCCUUCAUUACUAUUGAAGCACCAACUAUUGCCAUGAUUAAGGAAACCUACCCAUGUUUGUUCAUUGACAAGGAGUUGCUCGUUGAGUUUCAGCGUGUUACAGAUUUGGAUAUUGACCAUACCAUCCAAGAAUAUUGUGUCAAAUAUGCCAGUGGCAUUAUUGAUCUCUCGCGUAACUACCCGGGAUCCAGUGGCAUUUUACAACAAGCCAGUGAAGUCAAAGAAGAGAACGUUGCUCUAAGACAGUAUUGGGACAUGGUCACUGCACUCUGCCUUUUACCAAUGCUUAUGCGAGAAAAUCUUACAGAAAUGGUCUACGAGAUAGGGAGCAUGGAAGAGCCUGACCCUAAAGGUCGAAUUGUACCUAUGCUCCUCUCAAAAGGUCCAAUUUUCAAAAGCGACGAGUUUUUCCUUGUUGCUGAAGAACAGAUUGUCCAAGAAUUUGAAGAGUUCACCAUUGCAUUUGCAGCCCUUUUCUCUGCAUAUUGGGUGUUUAAUAUGCAAUACCCCAGGACUCUAACCAACACUUACAACUUCAUCCAAAAAGGUAUCCUGCACAUUCGCGAUUCUUAUCCUAUUCCUCCAGUCAGCAAACAGUUGGUGCAACGGCUGCAGAAGUGGGGUCGAGUUACUGAUGGCAAAGCGAAAAGACGAUAAAAAUGCUGAGUGGGGGGAAACAAUACUAAAGUGUGGGGAUGGUGGGGGGUGCAGUAUGAAUGAAGAACCAUAUUAUUCUAAAUGUAAAAAAGAAAAAAAGAGAAAAAAAUUAAUAACAUAUCUGAAGAGUUGCAAUAAGACUAAGAAGACAAUAACCACAAUUCUUCUCUCUCCCUCUCUUUUUCUCUGUCUAUCUCUAUCUCUCUCUUACUCUCAGUCUCUCUCUCUCUCUUACUCUCAGUCUCUCUCUCUCUCUAUCUCUGCCUCAUGAACUCUCUUUUUCUCUGGCUCUCUUUCUCACUCUACAUAUAUUUUUCAUAUAUACUUUCUCUGUCUUAGAUAAUGAACAUCUUCAGAAAAGAACCUACAGUUUGAGGAACUAAGAGAAAGAGUUGCUAUACUCCAAACUGAUUUUAAAACAACAAUUCAAAGGAAUUUAACCAAAUCUAACUUUUCCCUCUGAAUUUAUUUUUAUUUCUCUUUGUUUCUCUUUCUAUCUCUCUCUCUCUCUCUCACUCUCUCUCUCCCUCUCAUCUCUCAAAAGAAAAGCAAAUUAUCCUGGUUCUUUUUUUUCUUUGUUUUUCUUCUUGUUCUUGUCAUGAUAACGUGAUACUUUUGGUAUUAUAGACUUGGUAAUAAUAUCGCACACAACCCUGGUAAUAAUCUCAUGGCCUUGUUAUUAUUUUCACAGCCCUGGUGAAUACUAUAGAGCCUUUGUAUAUAAUGUCACUAACUGCCUAGUUAAAUAUCACACAGCCUAAAGUGGUAUCAUGGCGUUGUUGGUUAAUGUUGUCUGUUGAUAAUAUCGAGAUAUCGGUAAUAUCAGAGUAUUGAUAAUGCCUUAUAGUCUCGAUAAUAUCAUUGUCAUAGUGAUAUUGUGGUCAUCUUAAUAUUGCACAGCCUAGAGGGCAGUGAGUUGGCGAAAAUAGUAGAGCAUUUCGACUAUAUGUUGUAGAUAAUUUAGUUGCACCCAUCUGAAUUCAAAUCCUUGCAGGGUCAACUUUGCUUUUUGGUUAAAAAUAGAUACCAGUAAUACACUGAUUAAUUGAAUCGAUUACACUGUUCAAUUCUCUUUCAGAAAUAUCACAUGGUCCAUGUGACAUCAUAUGGGCUAUCUACUAUUGUUGACUGUUGGUAAUGUGUUAGCUUUAAGAAAAUCAUUGUCAUUGUUAUAUUAAUUAAUAUCAUAAAACCUAGAUGGUAUCAUGGCCUUAGUAAGAUUGUUGUUAAGUAUUAUCAUGGGUCGUGGUUAAUUUUACACAGCCCAUGUAAUACCCAAGUUUUCAUGUUUAUCCCAUGGUUAAUAUCAUUUCUUGUUGAUGUCACACAGCCCAUGUGAUACAAUAAUUUUAAUGACAAUGUCACCAUAGAAAUAUCAUUGUUCUCUUAAUAUCACACAGCCCAUGUGAUACUAUAGCUUUAAUGACCUUGUUGCGAAGGUAAUAGCAUGGUCUUGUUAAUAUCACACAGCCCAUGUAAUACAAUAGAUUUAAUAACAUUGCCAAGUUAGUUUUUUUUUAUAACAUUGUUAUGAAGGUAAUAUAGUUUUGUGUAUAUCACAUAACCUGUCUUGUAACCAUGGUGUUAAUAAUAAGAUUAUCUCAUGGUAAUAAUAUGUUUCUGUUAAUAUCACAGCCAGCAUGAUAUCAUUGCUUUAAUAACAUUGUUGUCAAAGUAAUAUAAUGCUCUUGUUAAUAUUAAACAGCCCAUGUGAUACCAUAAUUUUAAUAACAUUGUUGUCAAGGUAAUACAAUUAUAUUAAUAUCACACAGACAAUGUGAUAUCAUGGCUUAAAUAACAUUGUUGUUAAGGUAAUAUGAUCUAUAACUUUGUUAAUAUCACACAGCCCACAGGAUAAAAUUAUCACAGCCUAUGAGAUUGUCUUGGCUUUAGUAACAUUGAUAUCAUGGUAGGUUGAUUAGCAGAAUUGACAGAAAGAUGGAGCAGCCAAGUCAACUUAGUCUUUCGUCCUUCCUGGGUUGAUAAAAUAUAAUACCAGUCCAAUACAAAGAGUGGUUUAAUCAACUGUACUCUCCUCUAAAAUAUAUAACCAUGCACCAAGGUUAGACACGGAUAUCAUAGUCUGCAGUAAUAUCCUACUGCCUAGGUAGUGUCAUGAUUUUAGUAAUAUUGUUUUCAUAUUGCAAAGGCAUGGCUUUAUUAAUAUCACAUAGAUAAGCAGUAUCAUGACUGUAUGUGAGUGUGUAAUAUAUAUAUAUAUGUAUGUAUUUAUACGCACAUACAUUAUUGCUAUAAUGCAAACGUGUCGUAAGUCCAAAAUGUUCUUUUUCAGAAAGUUAAAAAAUAGACUUACCCAUUCAUUUCUUUUUACAUUAGCAACAGUUUCAGCUUAACAAUAAUACUUUGUGGGUGCAUAAAAUCGUAACUACAUGCAUGUAUGAUAUUUUCAGACAGAAAUAUUUUUGCAAAACUGUCGUAUGUAGGGCUUACUACACUUUUGAAAAAUGCUAAACUGUUGCACUACACUUAGACAAUAUUCAUCUGAAGCAGCUGGAGAUAUGAUAGUUUGACCAAAAGAACCAGCUAUUUCAAGCAAAAUUAAAUAUUGGAAAAAACACAUUUGGCCAAAUUUGGACAUACGACAGUUUAACAUAAUAGCAACUAAUAUAUGUGUGUGUAUAUAUAUAUAUAUACACACGCACACACACUUGUAUACACACAGAAAUUUCAAAAGUAAAUAGACACCAUUCUUGAAAAACCUAUGUCUAUAAUCAAGAUAAUGUCAUUUUAUGCAUUUAAAUAAUUAAUCUAGUAUUUAGUAGAUAUGUCUUGUGCAGCUAUUUAAUGGUUUAACCCAUUUUGGCAUGGUACUAAUGAGUUGUGUCUGCAGAGAUAAAUCAGUAUAAGGAGGACCAUCUAUUUACUUUUGAGAUGUCUGUAAUUAUGAUUUUAUAUAUAUAUAUAUAUAUAUACUAAGAAGGCAACAUGCACAAAGAGAAGACAACAUGGUAGGGGCAAGUUUUGAUAAAUGUUGUAUUAGUUUCUUGCUGGAAAAAAAAGGAGGAAAGCCCAUGUUGUAUCUGUGUGUGUAUGUGUGUAUAUAUAUAUAUAUAUAUAUAUAUAUAUAUAUAUAUAUAUAUAUCUGUGUAUAUCUGUGUAUAUGUGUGUGUAUAUACGUAUAAUCCAUGAAUAUAAAUUACAUGUAUUAUGUGCGUGUGUGUAUGUAUCUCUAUAUAUGUAUACCCAACAAUGAUGCUAUCCCCAAGCAUAAUUUCAUGGUCAUGGGUGAUACCCUGGGGCUUUAGUAGCAUUCUUGUAUUUUGAUUUUGGUACUACUUUAUGACUUGAUAAUGUUACUCCUAUUGUUAUAUCACAAUCAUCCUAAGAUCACACAGUCAUAGUUAUAUAACAAUGUUGCUAUACUAAAUAAUAUAGUAUUGGUAAUAUUGUAUCUCAGUUGAAAACAUCUUUGAUAAAGCUACACUUCAUCAGUAAAUCAGUGGAAAUAUCAUGUAGUUUGGUUGAUAUUUCAUUGAUUAUGCUACAUAAACUUUGUAAUAACAUACAUUAUUCAUAAUAUCAUAGACUUGUUGAUAUCAUAUACAACUUUGGGAAUAAUGCAGCCUUGCUGAUAUAAAACAGGUCUUAUAAAUUCAUACAGCCCGGUUGAUACAGUGUAAAUAUGGUAAUGUGACUUUAUUAAAUUCUACACAUUCUUUAUGUUACUAUGUUGGUUAUAUCAAAUAACCUUGAUAACAUCACCAACACUGGUCAUAUCACACAGACUUGGAUAAUAAUCCUACAAAUUUUAGUUAUAAUAUCACCAGUUUUGUUGUUUUAAAUCUUUAGAUUUCAAAUUACUUUGUCAAAUGUAAUGCUUAUUUAAUCACAUUGUUUUGAAUUAAUCAUGCAUUAUCUCAUACCUACAAGAUUUCAAUGGUAUGAUUGUUUAUUUUUAGAGUGACAUUGUAGGGUAAGUGUGAGAGGCUGGAUCUGGCUGGUUUGUACAUGACACAAGUAGAAUAUUUGGGUGGGAUGUUGCUGGUUUAAAUGCCAAAUGGUUAAACAGGCCUUUACAAUAUGGUCACAUAAAUAUCCUGUGACCUUAAUAACACCAUGCAAUUUGGCAAUAUGUAUAGUCUUAGUAUUAUCAGAGACUUUGUAGAAUCUUAUGGCCUUCUUAAUAUUAUACAGAUUUGAUAAUUAUUUAUAUCAUUGUCUUGGUAAUGUCACAGCUUUCAGAAAUACCACACAGCUUUGGUAAUAUCACAUAGUUCAGGCAAUAAUUACAUCUUUUUCAUAUCAUUCAGCCUUGGAAAUACUGGAUAUUUGAUAAUAUCAACAUGUUUGUAAUAUGGCAAAAACCUCGUAAUAUUCAUGGCCUUGAUAAUAUCUUGUGGCCUUGGUAAAAUAUUUUGUAGCCUUGACAAAUUAUUUCAUGGACUUCAUAGUUAUAUUCUGUGGUAAUACCGCACAAAUUCAAUAAUGUUUAUUUUGACCAUCUUGACAGUAUCACUCAGUUUUGGUAAAUAAUAGUCUUGGUAAUUUCAAAUAGACCUGGUAAUGCUACUGCUGAUGGUAAUAAUCUUAAUGAUGGAAAUAAUAUUAUCACCAUUUUCAUAAUAUGAUACUGCCCUAUUAAUGAUCACAUGGCUUUGAUAAUUAACAUCAUGUAAAUCUGUUAAUAAUAAUCACCCAGCCUUGAUAAUAAUAUAACACAGCCUUGGUAACAAUAUCACAUGGUCUUGGUAACUACAUCACACAGCCUUGGUAAUAAUAUGACACAGUUCUGGCAAUAAUAUCACAUGGCCUUGGUAAUAUCACAUGGCUUUGGUAAUAACCACUUGCCCUUGGUAAUAUCCACAUUACUACAGAGUCUUUGUAAUAAUCACAGGGCCUUGGUAUUAGCCAUAAGGUUAUAUCAAAUCCUAUAAUUUGCAACCUCAAGUAAAUAUUUUUUUUCUUUUCUUUGUUUUUCAAUUAAUCUGUGUUGGCCAAUGUUACUUUUGGAAUUAGAGUAGCAUGCUGCACAUAUUAUUAUUAUUAUUAUUGUAAGGUUGAUUAAUAAUAGCAGAAUUGUUUAAAUGUUGAACUAAAUGCCAUGUUGUGGUGUUGAAGUGUCAUCUCUUCUGAGUCUGAUUCAGAUCUUGCCAAAAUCAAUUUUGGCGGCUAUCCACUGUGGGAGUGGGGGUUGAUUUAGUCAACUGAAGCGGCCCUCCACUUCCCCUUACCCUACAAAUGUGUAGCCUUGUGCCUAUGUAAGAACUCAUCAUCAUCAUCAUUAUUAUUAUUAUUAUUAUUAUUAUUAGAAGGGGGUGAGCUGGCAGAAUUGUUAGCAUUCUGAGCAAAAUGCUUCAUGGCAUUUUGUCCGUCUUUAUGUCCUGAGUUCAAAUUCCACUGAGGUUCAUUUUGUCUUUCAUCCUUUCAGGGUCGAUGAAAUAAAUACCAGUUGAGCACUGGGGUUGAUGUAAUCGACUAAUUCCCUCCCUUAAAAUUUCAAGCCUUGUACCUAUUGUAAAAAGGAUUAUUAUUAUUAUUAGUAGUAGUAGUAGUAGUAGUAAUAGUAGUAGUAUUAAGGCACCAAGCUGGCAGAAUCAUUAGCAUGCCAGACAAAUCACUUAGUGAGCAUUACUUCUGGCUUUACAUUCUCAGUUCAAAUGCCACCAAGGUCAGCUUUGCCUUUCGUCCUUUCAGGGUCAAUAUAAUCAGUUUGCACCCCCUCCCCCAUUCUUCCUCUCAAAAUUGCUGGCCUUGUGCCAAAACGAGAAAGAUCUAUUAUUUGUAAUUGUUCAUGUAAUUUUGCCAAGGUUGACUUUGCCUUUCAUCUUUCCAAUGUGGGGAAUGAGGAACUCAAUAAAUAAAGUAUCAGUUAAGCACUAGAGUCGAUUCAAUCGACUAACAUCUCCCCUCAAAUUUCGGGCCUUGUACCUAUAUAAGAAACCAUUAUCAUCAUCAUCAUCAUCAUCAUUAUUGCACAAUACAUAAUAUUGGCUUUGUAGAACAGUUCAUAGAACAUAGGGUAUUUUUUGCAAAAAAUAAUACUAAUAAUAAUAAUUGUGGGAAAAAAUUGUUGUUUUCUAGUGUUGAUUCUUCUUAUUAUUAUUAUGACUUUCUGAUUACUAAUACUUGGUUUUAAUUUUGUAUUUUGUUUGUUGGAUUUUCAUUAUUGCAGUAUCAUCUACAUACACACACACAUAUAUAUAUAUAUUUACACACACAUUUUCAGCUCUUUAUGUAUACACAGAACUUUUUAUUCAUGACCAAUUCUUAUUUCCUUCAGCUCCCAUCUCUUUUCUUUUACUUCAUGAACCAAUCCCUUUCCUAGCUGGUUGGUUGGUACUGUUGACUCUUCUCACUCAUUUAUAUCUUGCUUCCAACUCUACAAGAACAGAGAAAUCACACAUGAAGAAAGGUAUGGAAAUUACUAAGAAACAUUACCUGGAAUUCGGUAUAGCUGAAUUUCAAAUGGAACACUGCUACUGUUAUUGUUAUUGUCGCUGCAGCUGCUACUACUACUACUACUACUACUACUACUACUACUACUACUACUACUACUACUACAAAUAAUAAUGAUAAUAAUAACAAGAUGCAACACCAGCACUAAUGCAACAAAAAACUCAAGCCAAGCCUCACAACAAAGCAAACUGAUGCAAUACAGUAAUGGGAAGAGUGUACUCCACCAACAAAAACAAGGACACACAAUGCCGCAUACAUCUCAGGAACAUGGAGGUGUACCAGGUGAUGCAGUAGAAAUUUGCCUGAAACUAUUGAAUGAUAAUGAUGGAAUCUCCCAUCAAAGAUAACAUGUGAGUGGUCAGAUUUUGCUGAAUGACCUGCCCAAAUGAUUUGUUUAUAGUGAUAAAAUGUAUGUGCUGUACACAUUAGCUCACUCCCUCCAUCAAUCAAUAUUGCCUGUACAGAUGCACAAGUGUGCCACAUGUCAGAUGUCGAAAUGAUUACAGAGCAGCAUGAAAUGAAGUGUUUUGCACUGUCCGGUCUGGGAAUCUAACCCACAAUCUAGUGAUUGUGAAUGAAGCACCCUAGGUACUUUCACAAAACUUUGUGCAUCAAAUAGGAAUAAUAAUAAUAAUAAUAAGUAACUUUUUGUUCAACCAUUUCAUUUAAAGAUCUUCAUUUGUAUAAUAAAUAAAAUGUCCACAUAGGUCCAAAAAAAUACAAAGGACGGAGUUAGUAGGGACCAAGUGGAUGUAAUAGUGACUGAUGUGGUCAUUGUGGAUGUUGCCAAGGACAUGUGAUAAAGCAGCAGUUCCUAAUUUGGGUUUGUAGUUGGGGUUCCUGAACUUGUUGAGUAAACAGGCUUUUCAAAAAACCUGAAGGGUAUACCUUUUACUUGUUUCAGUCAUUAGAUUGUGUCCAUGCUGGAGCACCACCUUGAAGAAUUUGUUAGUCAAAUGAAUCAACCCCAAUACUUACUUUUUUUAAGUUUGAUACUUAUUAUAUCAAUCUCUUUUGCUGAAGCACUAAGUUAUGGGAGUGUAAAUGCACACACACACACACACACACACAGAGGUUUCUUUCAGUUUCUGUCUACUAAAUCCACUAUAGUAGAAGACACUUGCCAAGGUGCCAUGCAGUGGGGCAGAAUCUGCAACCAUGCAGUUGGGAAUUGAGCCUCUUAAGACACGACCAUAUCAGCACCUUUAGGAAAAUAAAUUUAAAUAAGUGAAUUCCUUGGUUGUAAAACCAUUUCAAUGGUAAAAGUUAAGUGGCUGUAAUAGUUGAUUAGUGACUGAGCAGUUGAUGGUUCAUUCAUACCCUAUCCACAACACUGCAAUAUAUUUGUCCUUGAUCAGGUCACUUAAGCUCUCAAAUGUCCCAGCUCAACUUGCUGUAAUUAACUUCAGCAAUAGAGGAACAGCAAAAAGUGGCCAACAAACUGGCAAAAUCAUACUGGGCAAAAUGCUUAGUGGCAUUUGGCCCAUCUUUAUGUUCUGAGUUCAAAUUCCACCGAGGUUGACUUUUCCUUUCAUCCAUUCACAGUUGAUGAAAUAUGGGUCAAUUUAAUCAACUAACCCAUCUUCUAAACUUACUGGCUUUGUAUGAAACUUUGAAACCAAUAUAGGAACAAUUUGCUACUCCAAGAAGUAGUACUGUCAACUCGACGAAUGAUUUAUUAAUUUGCAGUGCCAAGUUCAGUUCCUCUUGUGGGAAAAAGCUACCUGCGAAUAAACCAGUUUUAUCCUGGGAAAUUUUUAUCUCUCAUCCAAUCAGCACAAUGGAAACCAAAGUUAAACCCUCACAAUCAUAUGAAUCUUCAUGGUUCAGAAGAUUAACUUUGAUUCUAGCUUGAAGUUCUCAAUUUCCAAAAGAUGAUACAGACAUGAGAACUCACACACACAUACUCUCAAGUUUUUUAAAAAUUUUAUUGUUUUCUUUUCCUAAAUCAAUGUUCUGGACUCUUGCACUAGGAUUAACUUCUGUUUUUACUUUUAAUGUCAAAUUAGAAUAGGAAUGGUUACAGUCAUGACUUUUUUGCUUGAGCCUCUGAGGCUGGUGAAAUGAAGAGAGGAAGAUAUCAUUUGAAUCAUUCAUGGCAUAAAAAUGACAACAAAAAUUUAAAACAAAGUCCAUUUGGAUCCAUAAUGACUUUGACCUUUAUCAUUCUGGUUUAUAAAGUUUGUGUGUCCGUGUAUGGUAUGUAUACAUACAUACAUAUAAAUAAAUAUAUAAUAUAAUAUAAUUAUAUAUAUCUAUACACAUAUGAAAAUAUUUUUUUAUUGGCUUCUGCCAUGCUAGCUUUGUAUUUGUUCCCUCCAGAGUCUAUAAAAAGAGUACCAAUAUAUAUAAUAUAUAUUUCAUUGUGUUUAUAAUGAACGAGAUAAAAAUAAUCAAUACAUGUUGAGCAUAGCUAUUAAAUUUACUUGAUUCAUAUCUUUUACUUCAUUAUUUGAAGUUUCUUCAGGUAGAAAAGUCUUCAUGCUUCCCAACUUCAUAAUUUCAGAAGUCUCAUGUGUGAUUGUGUAGUUAAAAAGUUUGCUUCCCAACCCUGUGAUUUUAGGUUCAGUCCCUCUGUGUGACACCUUGAGGAUGUGUCUUCUAUAGCUCCUGGCUAACCAAAGCCUUGUUAAUAGAUUUGGUGAAUGGAAAUCAUGUAUGUGUGUAUGUAUGUAUAUAUAUAUGCAUGUAUCUAUGUGAAGGUGCAUGGCUCAGUGGUUAGAGUGUUGAGCUUAUGAUUGUGAGGUUGUUAGUUCGAUUCCCGGACCAGGCUGCAUGUUGUGUUCUUGAGCAAGACACUUUAUUUCAUGUUGCUCCAGUCAGCUGUAGAAAUGAGUUGCGACAUCACUGGUGCCAAGCUGUAUUGGCCGUAUGCAUGGGCGACUGCUGGCCUUCCACAAACAACCUUGCCCGGACUUGUGCCUCGGAGGGUAACUUUCUAGGUGCAAUCCCAUGGUCAUUCAUGACCAAAGGGGGUCUUCUCCUAUCUACAUGUGUGGUUUUGUCUACAUUUGUUCUUGCUUCUAUGAACACUGUGACUUUUAAGCAGUGUUGUCACACCUGUUAAAUCCUUUAUUUGUUUUGUGCCAUGUAGAACAUCAGACCUCUUACUUUAAAAACAGGUAUGGCUUAUUAGCAUCAGGGAAAAUAUUCAUCUAACCCAUGUCAAUAAUGAAAAAUACACAUAAAAAUGAAUGAAUACACAUAAUAUACAUUGUAUACCAAUAAUGAAAUAGUAAUGAUAAGCAUACUUGAUGGAAUGAAUAAAUGACUGUACAUAUUACUUAUAUUUCAUUACAUUCUGACUACUAAUUCCUCCAAUACCAUCUAUGCUUAUUAUUGUUCUUUAGUAUCAGUUAAGUACUAAGGUUCAUUAAAUUGACUACACUUUCCUCACUAAAAUUUGUGGACUUGUACCAAUGUAAGAAAAGAUUAUAAAUGUCAUAAAGACAGUGGUAGCCAUUGACACAGUGGAAUAUAUUCUAAACAUAUCAGAGUCUUAAGUUUCUGUUCUCUUGGUCAUGAGUUUUAAACCUGCUGGAGUAGAAUUUACUUGUUGUUCUCUCCAGGUUUUAUCAUAUGAGUAGCAGUAAUAUCCUAAGUCAGAAUUGUUUAUGCAUACGUUGUACAAAAAUUAUUUUAUGCCUCAGUAAGAGAGUGGCACUUAUAUGGAGUCAUAUAUUCUUUUAUAUGUUUCAGUCCAAAGGCUGUAGCCAUGCUAGAGUCCUGCUUGUAAAAAUGAUGAACAUACUUAACCCAUUACCUCCCAUAAUUCUAUUAAGUGGAAUUUUUUUUUUAUUAAACUUUGAUUUCUAGCAUAAAACAGCCUUAGAAACACGCUGGAAUGAUCAAAAUAACAUUUUAAAUAGAAAUAAGUGAGAUACUGGGUGAAAAGUUAGCAAACCUUAUUUGAAUAUCAGAGAAAUAUACCUAGUAGAUAUAGCAAAAAGGUUAGAUAUGUGUAAAUAUUGACAGAUAAUUACGAAAUUUGUAAUUUUUAAGUGAUCUCAUAUGAGAUCACUGGUAGGUAAUGGGUUAAUAGAUUUUCGAAUCUUAUUGGAUUAUCAUCAGAAACCUCUACAUCCAUUUGACUAAUAUAGUCACAACAAUUGUGUAUAUCAUUGGUGGUUAGUCUAUGGCACAUGAGGCACUAGGUGGUAUUCACAGAGAUUAUAUAAACAUACGAUGAUGAAAGGAAAGUGCAAAAAAUUAAAGUUAAAAGAGAUGAAGGUAUUUCUGUGUGGUUAAGAUGUUUGACUGGCAGCCAUAGGAUUUUGGGAGCAGGAUGUGAUCUCACUAUAUGACAUUUUGAGCAAGUGACUUUUAUUGUAUCUUUGGGUUGACCAAUGUCUUGUGAAUGCAAUUUUGUAGACUAAAACUGUAAGGAAGCUUGCUACAUACACAUGUAUUUGUGUGUAUGUAUAUAUGUAUGUAUGUGUAUAUAUGUAUAUGGUAGAAUCAUUAGCAUGCUGGAUGAAAUGUUCAGUGGGUUUUCAUCUGUCUUUAUGUUCUGAGUUCAAGUCCCACUAAGGUUGGCUUUGCUUUUCAUCCUUUUGGAGUCAAUAAGAUAAAUGCCAAUUGAGCACUGGGGUCAAUGUAAUCAACUUAACUACUCAUGAGUAAGAGGAUAAAAACUGCACCCCUUCUGUCAAGCCAUGUUGAGCUAACGUGGCAGAGUAGGCUCAAACCAGCAUGAUCUCAAGCUCAAAUUCACAGCCUCCAUAUCAAACUAGUUGGUGGAGAGAACAUGCCAAGGCCCUUGUCCUACACUGGACUGAACAUAGGCAAUCCAGUCCACACACACACACACACACACACACACACACACACACACUCACAUAUUUAUAUACAUAAGUGUGUUUGUCUCACCAUGUCUUUGCCUUAACACUUUUUGAGUAGUGGUAACAUUUAUAUCUCUCAGAAUCAAAAUGUCUCGCAGCUCAAUGGUUCAGCUUGCAAAGUAGAAUAGAGUAACUUACUUGAAAAUAAUGGUUGGUAACAGGAAGAGCAUCCAGCUAUCGAGUAUUGCCUAAUAAAAUAUAUCAGAUUUUCCAUGUCCACAUGAAAAAGCUGAUAUAAAAUUGAUGGCAGUGAUUUCACUAAGGCUGCCAAUGUCAUUGAUAAAUUUCCAAGAAGUGUGAAACCUUUGAUCAUGACCUAUAACAUAGGCUUGCUGAGUGUCAGGGUGUUUUGUGCUUGGCACUGCAAAAUAAUAGUCAUUAUAUAUUGCUGUUAAGGUGAUGAACUGGCAGAAUCAUUAGCAUGUCAAGUAAAAUACUUAAUGGCAUUUUGUCCAUCUUUACAUUUCAUUCUUUCAGGGUUGGUAAAUUAAGUACCAGUGAAACAUUGGGGUUGAUGUAAUCAACUAGUCCCCUCCACAAAAAUUUCAGGCCUUGUACCUUUAGUAGAAAUGAUUAUAUAUUGCUGUUGUCUAUUUACAUCCAGUGAGAAUUUUGUGUUGGUUCAUAGGCAAGAAUGCUUUGUUUAUUAAAAUUAAUUGGGAUGCAGCCAUUUUGGGCACUGCUUUGGAGGGUUUUAAUUAAACAGAUUGAUCCCUGCCCCCCUUUUUUUAAAGCUUAUCUCUUAUGCCAAACUGCUAAAUUAUAGGGGUGUAAACAAACCAACAGAGGUUGUCAAGCAGUGGUAGUGAACUAAAGACACAUAUAUGAUGGGCUUGUAGUUUAAUAUCUGCCAAAUCCACUCAUAAGUGUCUUCUAUUAUAGCCAGGGUCUAUUGUAGUAGACACUUGCCCAAUGUGCCAUGCAGUGGUACUGAAUCAGGACCCAUGAGAUUAGGAAUCAAACUUCUUACUACACAGCCACUCCUGCCUCUAUAUAAACUAAUGUUUCUCUAAACAGUUACCCAACGCUCUAUAAAUUUGGUUUCUUCUGAGAGAGAGGGGAAGAGUCAAUCGAAGAAGUAGCUUAAGGAUAAUGUCACAAAACAGUUGGACAUAAUAAAACAGUGGAGCCUAAGGAAACUACUGAUGUUUUGUUUUGGCAAAAAGUAAUAUAAAUAAUUCAAACAGUGGAAUAUAUUUUUAUACUGUGAAAAACAACCUUUUGUGUUGGAGAGAAAAAUGUCAAAUGAGAUUGAAGGAUAAAUAAAUUAGGUUUAGUAAGAAGGAAGAAGUAACAUGUUGAGGGGAAAAUCAAUGGUCAGAGCAAGGAAUAAAUAAAAGGAACACUAGCAGAUGUUUAAAAACAUUGGUGGGAGGUGGGAACAAAAGAAAUAUAGUUGUAUGUGUACAUGCAUACAGAGAGAAUAAGUGAAAGAUAUACACAUGUACAUAUAUAGAUGCACAUAUAAAAUACCAACUGGCAUAAAUAUAUGUUUAUGUAAAUAUAUUACAAAUAUAUAAGCCCAUCAAUACAGAUAUAUCUUUAGUAAUUAUCUGAUAUGAAUAUAACAACAUGCAGAUACUACAGGCACAUAUGUAUACCUUUGUGCAAAUAUAUAUGUAUGUAUAUACACUCACACAUGCAUACAUAUAUUUGUGUAGCUGCAAACAGUGGAGUUUCCAUGAGAUCACUUGACAUUCCAGAAAUACCAGCCACAUCUCACUUCAAUUAAUCACCAGUGUCUUGAAAAUGGAAGAACUCAUUGAACAACAACAUCUGUACAUGCACAGGUGUAGCAGUAUGCAUCUUUAAUUGUGUUAUCCUUUGGCAACUAAUUUGUUGGUGGUUUUUUUUUUAUGUCCUUGUUACUUAGCAGCUCAGCAGAAAGAUACCAAUGUAAAUAGAAGACUUAAAAAUAAUUAAUACUGGGUUGGUUUGACUGAUUAAAGCUCUUAAGGCAGUGCCCUAGCAUGGUUACAGUCUGAUGACUUAGAAUUAAAAUGCUGUGUGUUUUUGUAUUUUAUAUAUAUAUAUACACACACACACAUAGAUAAGAUAUGUAGUGUUUCAGUUUGGGUCUACUAACUUCAUUGUAUAGUCUACUUUAUUCUGUCCUUAUGUAAAAGAAGUGGAUAAAAUAUUGGAUUACAAGAUUAGCAGUGUUGAAUUGAAAUCAAGUGCAGCCACUGUGUUGUGUAUUUGCAUAGUACACCCAAUUCUACAUUGUUUCAGUUGAUAUAGCUGUCAGAAAUAAGUAGCAGAUUAUCUUUGAAUGUUGCCUGAAAUAGAUCACUGUUUUAUCCAAGGUGAGAUUUAUUGCUAAUCUGUUUCAUGCUAUGAAAUCAGAACCAAAUACCAGACUUAAGAAGACAAUUCCGUGUUCUGAGACUUAGUACUUGAAACAUCUAUUUUCCAUUUUGGAAAAUGGUGGUGGAGAGAUUUAUUGAAGGAAAUUUAUGUUGGUUCUCUUAUGUUUUUAUCACAAACAUGUAAACAUUGUUUAAUAUUAUUUUGUCCUUUUUUUUUUUUUGGUUUUGUUAAAGCUGUAAUUUUUU